CCUUCUCUCCAUAACAUCGCAUCGAAAACUUACAGCCUUUCCUGUCGACUUGCGCUCCAGGGCUUCGUCUCUGCGACAUAUAUCGAGCCACUUGCGUCGCUUCGCCUCCAAAGCCUGCCGCCGACCUACGUACCCUGCUUCAAUACCCAGACGAGUAUAACUACCUACCCCUUAUCCUACCUUUACAACGUCGGUCUCGGCGACAGAAGAUGGGAGCCUUAUGAAACGAUCGAGGGAAGAAUUAUUUGUGGCGGAACGUAGGACGAGACCGCGAAUCUUCGUCGCCAACAUAGCAGCCAUGUCGCCGAAUCAGGGAACCAACACCCACUCUACCACAACCACCACCGCCACAUACCUCACCAUGAAAACACCAGGGCCCCAUUCGCGAUCAAAUUCGAAUUCCCAGUCCUACUUUACCCACAAGCCCACCGGCACGCCGCUAGCCUCGCCGCGCAUCUACUCCGUCGGCCAGCCAUACCCUCCCAGGCUCUCUCCCGGCACGUCCGCCCAACAACAAGAUGCUCGUACCCCGAGCCCUAAUUACUUUGGCCUCUCGGUCGACCAUGCCGCCGAUCCGCUGGAGUCGGCCGUAUUGCCCACCGAAAACUGGGCCUCGCCGUCUUCCUCGGUGAAAUCAUUCGCGGCAGCAAUACCGAAGCCAUUGCCCCUAGAUGCGAACCCCGACUUCGAGGCCUUCAGGAGGCAAAUAGAUGCCAACCUCGGGAAAUCGUCCUUCAGCUUGUCGGGGUCGCACUUCAAUAUUACCAUGGGCCCGCGUACUCCCGGUCCCUCAACACCUUUUGGCUUCAAGAGGCCAGAGCCGCCCAAGCGACAUAACCUAAGCCUCGGUGCCGAGCCCACGAGCGGCCACCUCCCCAGGCUGUCUGGUCUGGGUCUGCAUGGCCCGCUCCCCAACCUCAAGUUCAACAAGGACAUUCAAAACCCCAAACAACCAGGCGAUAAUGAUAGUGUGCAUGAUUCCGCCUAUAUCUCCGGGGACUCGAAGCGAAGCUCCCAAGCCUCCCUCAAUGCGCCUUCCUUCUUCAACAUGGGCAGGCACGAAUCACCAGCGCAGAUCGAUCCUCCUUUUGGAACCCCCGUAGAUUGGGGAAAGUCGGCCCAUUCCAUCUCCCGAGUCGAUGACCGCCACCCGCGUUUGUCCAUGUCAUCAACAAAGGCCGAGCCACCAAUGCAGCAACGAAGAGCGGAUACUGUCCCUCCCAACCCCAAGGCAGCAGCGAACAACGAUGGGCCAGCUAUGAUAGACCCGGGUCGGCUGAAGGACCUUAUGGACCAAGGGGAUGAUUCAGAACUCUUGUUGCUCGAUAUUCGGGUCUCGCCCCAGUAUGCCGUAUCCAGGGUAAAGGGUUCUCUGAACCUGUGCAUUCCGACAACGCUACUGAAGCGAGCAACAUUCAACUUGCAGAAGCUCCAGCAAACGUUCUCGGCAAACCAGGAUCAGGACAAGUUCUCUAACUGGCCCAACGCAAAGUACCUGGUCGUGUACGAUGCUUCUUCGUCCGACAAGCGCGACGCCAUGGGCGCCAUCAACAUGAUCAAGAAGUUCACGAACGAGGGCUUCUCUGGUUCAGCAACUAUCCUGCGUGGAGGAUUCAGGGCCUUCGCCGAAACAUACCCAGACCUGAUUGACCGUGGGUCAUCCGCUACCACAACGCCAGCCCUGUCUCUAGGGCAGGGUGCCGGAGCUGGUCCUGGAGGAGCCAACAUUCCGCCUGUCAUUGGCGGUGUGAUGUUGCCCACCACAGGGAAGGGCCCGAACCCCUUCUUUAACAACAUCCGACAAAACCAAGAUCUGGUCGAUGGAGUUGGGCAGAUGGACAUUGGUCUUCCUCAAGAGCUCAACAAGGAGACUCUGCCAAAGUGGCUAAAGGAAGCAGCCGACAGUGGUGACCAUGGAAAGAAGGUGUCGGAGAAGUUCCUUCGCAUUGAGUUGAGGGAACAGUCUCGGAUGAAGGACGCUUACUCCGUUUUCACUCCUGGUCGUAACCCGGACCCUAAACUGCACGGAAAGGUGCAGCUGUCCGGAAUUGAGAAGGGUGGAAAGAACAGGUAUAAGGACAUUCUACCGUUCGAACACGCGCGGGUAAGGCUUCAGGGCCGCCGAGAUGGCGAAUGCGAUUAUGUCAAUGCCAGCCACAUCCAAGCAAGCCGUAGCAACAAGCGAUACAUCGCUAGCCAGGGCCCGCUACCGGCUACUUUCGAGGAUUUCUGGUCCGUCAUUUGGGAUCAGGACGUCCGUGUCAUCGUCAUGUUGACGGCCGAAUCCGAGGGAGGGCAACUAAAGUGCCAUCCCUACUGGAAAGGCAAAGACUUUGGUCCCAUCAAGCUCCGAGUACUGUCAGAAAAGAAGGUGUCUUUGGAUAUUGACAAGCACAGACAAGGCUCUCAAGCCGGCGUGCCAACAACGUCAGACUCCGCCUCUUCGACAACAAACGUACCUUCCGGGGAUGCUACGCAAGGCGCGUUCCCCUGGAACCCAGCACAAGCUGGCGGAGCGGAAGGUGGCCGCCGUCGUGCCAACACCACAACGAUGCAGCCAAACCUCGACGGCACGCAGCAGUCCGCUGCGGCUUCGGCAGAGACACCAUACGUCAUCAUCCGCAAGUUCGCCCUGAGCCACGGCGCUCACCCCUUCCUCCCGAUGCGCGAAAUCACCCAACUCCACUAUCCCUCCUGGCCAGACUUUGGAGCGCCGGCCCAACCGAGCCACCUCCUCGCCCUGGUCGAGCUCGCCAAUGUCAUGCAACGAGCGGCACCCGCCCUUGAAACCUCUGGCGCUCCUCCCUCCGACGAGAUGCAGGUCGACGUCAGGAACUUCACCAACCGUCUCAAGCGCGGCGACUCGCUACCCCUCGACCCGAACGACGCACCCGACCCGAACGACCACGCGCGUCCCAUGCUGGUGCACUGCUCCGCAGGCUGCGGCCGGACAGGCGCCUUCUGCACAGUUGACAGCGUGAUCGACAUGCUCAAGCGUCAACGGAUGCGCAAGACCGAGAAGGCGGAUCGGCGGAUCGAUGACCGCUUUGGCGGGCGACGGAUCUCGGAAACGGACGGAGAGGUUGACGGAGUCAACCCUUCUAAGCGACAGGCCACUGAGAGUAACCGUGACUCGGACGGCGACAUCCCCAUGGGUGGACAUAAGGGGCUUCAGUUCGAUCAUGGGCCCGGCGGUCUAGGAGGGAUGAAGAACCUGGAUGAGAGCAAGGGAUUCGACUUCGGCGUUCCACCACCAGCACCAACCGAGACGAGAGAGGGAAGUAGCAAGGAUGACCAAGGAAUUGACACCACCUGGCUCGAUGACGACGGACUUGACCUCAUCGCCAAGACCGUUGAGGACUUCCGCGGUCAGAGAUUGAGCAUGGUCCAGAGUCUAAGGCAGUUUGUCCUCUGCUAUGAGACGGUCAUCGAGUGGAUCUGGCGGCUGGAGGAGCGUUCUCAUCAUACCAGCGCUGGUGGUGCCGGUGGGAAGAGAGGAAGUAGCAGAGUUAGGAGUGGAAGUUUGGCUCUGUGAGAUAUCACAAGAAGGUGAAGCAUUGUACACAAGUUGGUCAGAGUCAGGUCAGUUGCGCAUCGGGCCUUUUUCUUUUUAAGGGGUUCCGGUUCGGCGAACGGACAGACGGAAAAGCAAGAAGCAUUUUGGCACGGAAAGGGAAAGGAAUGGAUGUGAAACGGGAUGGGAAGGGAUGGGAUGGAUACAUCAUAUGGUUCUUAAUCGGUCGUUGUUCCCCUUAUAACACAAGACGGUGGACCAUAUAGCGAACGAAGGAGAGUGUAAGAGAGAAAGGGUUGAUGGAUGGAUGAACUGAGGAAGUAAAGGACGAAG